UGGCUACCACAGCUGUCACUGCUGUCAGCUGUGUGUGACAGUGAGUUAUUGAAUGUUUGAUUUUGAUAAUUUUUACAAAACAGUAAUUAAUUGUGAUAAAAAGACAUCAAAAUGAAUGGAACAGAUGCAGCAGACUUAUUAAUGAGACAUAGUUUUGAAGAGAAACUUAGGAAAUACGAGGAAAGCUGUGGAACAUCAAAUAACGUAUUGACGGCUACAAGAAUCCUUGAUAUUCUAGAGCAGAUGUCUUCUAUGAAUGAUUUUUCGCUAGAAGAGAAAUAUGAGAAGUAUGUGGUGGCUGACAAAACAUGUUUAAUAUUUAAAAGGAACACCAUUCUAGAUCCAGCAAUACUUAUUUUACCUCGUGAGGAAUAUUUUGAUACUCUAAAUUUUAUUCAUGAAAGCUGUAAUCAUGGCGGAUGUAAGAAGAUGAUAGAAAUUUUUAGGCACAAAUAUUAUAUACCAAUAAAAGCUGUAGAAAUCUUUAUAGAUGUUUGUCCUACGUGUGGCCCAACGAAUUCCGUGGCUAGCUCGAUCAAAAAAUUACAUUCGAUUGAAGGUUUCAAUAUUAAAGGUGAAGUUGAUAUAAUAGAUUUUCAACAAUGUCCUGAUGAGGAUUAUAGAUGGUUGCUCAAAUAUCAAGAUCAUGGCACGCAUUUCUUGAGCCUUCGUCCAUUAAGAACAAAUGAACCAAAGGAAAUUGCCACAGAACUGAGUAAAAUAUUUUUAACAUUUGGUCCUCCAUACAUAUUGUGCUCUGAAGUACACGAGAAAGAAUUCAUCGUUAAAAUUUUAAAAGAACUCAAGUUUCAAUGGCCUGAUUGUGUAGCUGUAGGUUCCAUUGAUAAUGUUCACAGAACUGGCCAAAAUCUAGAGAGUAACAAAUCUAUUGUAAAUAGAUUGCAUGCUUGGAUGAGAACAAAUAAUUCAAAUAAGUGGUCAUUAGGAUGUUACUUUAUCCAGUUCCAAAAAAAUGCUUCAUUUAAUUACACAAUUUCUCAAUCGCCAUACAGAUAUGUAUUCUGUCGAGAUCUUACAGCUGGUCAAGAUGGCACAGUCUUCUCUUCCAGAAUUCUCAUAACAGGAAGAGAAUUUACACCAUUACGGAUGCGAAAGGAAAAGAAACGCGAGAGUAAUACAUUAAUUGCACUCAAACCUACCGAAUGCACCAACACUGUCAAUCCUUUUGAGACGACUAUAGAUAAUCAUAUUAUAAAGUCCGAUGUAGAGACAACAGAGAGAGAACAGUUUGAGAAAGCUCAAAACCCAAAUGAAUAUUUUAGCAUUAAAUCUACUGAAUUCAUACUGCCAUUUGAAAAUAGUGAAUCGCCACAAGCAUCCCAUAAUGAAAUGAAUAUCUCAGAAAAUAAACCUACUUUUUUAAAUACGCCGAAUGAAAUGGAUGGAUGUAUUGAUUUUCAAAGUGAUUCCAAUAUUCAAAUACUUGCCGUGGAAAUUGAAUCCGAGGAAGAGAUUAUGAGUGAAACCAAAGACUGUGUCGUGUGUUAUGCAACUUGUGAAGAUAAAAUGAAGAAAUGUCACAUAUGUAAAAACAAUAUUCAUUUGUCAUGUGGAAUAAGAAUUAUGCGCAAACUAACUUGUUUUAGAUGCAAAGAAGUUCUAGAAAAAUCAGACAAAGAAUAUUAUAAAAAGCGUGUAGCCAAUGAAGUUACAGAAAUUAAAUCGACGAAAAAGGUUUAUUCACCAGCUAAUGAUGCAAAGGGUCCUCGUGAGCCAGGGCGCGAUCAAGGGUUUUUAAACACAUUCAUCAAUUUUGUUACGGAUUGUUCCUAGUUUCAUUACAAACUUGUCUAAGAAAGAUAACUUUUUUAUUGCAUGAUGAAUAUUACUGGAUUGGAUCUUGAAUUAAAAAGUAAUCUUUUGUUUUAAACUAGUUAUACAGGGUAGCCAGGGAGUUGACUUUGAAAGCUAAAAUUUAGAUUCCUUACAAAAGGUGUAUCUAAAUCAUCAUCCCCAUGUAUAUUCUACGAUUUUGUUUAGUUUAGGAGAUAUAUUUAAUUUUGUGGUUACCUGUGGUUGGUUUUUAAUAUUUUUCUCA